AUGUCGGCCCAGAUGACCAAGAAAUCCCCCUUGCAGCAUGUGGACCUUAUGCGGGCUCCUGUUCUGAAGGGUUGUGCUGUUCUUCGCAAGGUAUGUGAAAUUGCUAGACAUAGUGCUAUAACCUCUACGCCCAGUCUGACUCUAGUUAUAGGAUACUGCGGAAAGGGGCCUCUCUAUUGUGCUGCUCCAGAUUGUUUAUUUGAAUAUAGCAGCGGCUGUGAUGUUCACAAAACUCCUAGCGGAGAGGACACAUCCGACGUUCCUCGUGAUAAAAUCGGAGACGUUCCAUACGGCGAGGCGGCCAUUUACGACUGUACCGUGCCUAACACCAUUGCCCUGACAUAUGAUGACGGACCUCACAUCUAUACUAAAGACUUGCUUGACAUUCUAGAUGCUUUUAACGCAAAGGCAACGUUUUUCGUAACCGGAAUCAACUCGAAUAAAGGUCCGAUUGAUGAUCCCAAUUAUCCAUGGGCUGACUUGAUCCGCCGGAUGUACAACAGUGGCCAUCAAAUUGCUAGCCACACCUGGUCACAUCAAAAUCUAGAUCAGAUUUCAGCUUCACAUAGGAAACAACAACUUAUAAAGAACGAGAUGGCCCUACGGAAUAUACUGGGAGGGUUCCCAACUUAUAUGCGGCCUCCAUACUCGAGCUGCUCUGCCGCAUCUGGUUGUCUUGGAGAAAUGGGCGAGCUAGGUUACCAUGUUACUUACUUCAACCUCGACACAGACGAUUAUAACAACGAUUCCCCGGACAUGAUUCAGCGCUCAAAGGAUAUCUUCGAUUCAUAUGUAACCAUGGGUGUCUCAGAAGGUCGCCCACUCCUCGAAAUUGGGCAUGAUGUUCACGAGCAGACAGUCUAUAACUUGACCAGUUAUAUGCUUCACCGGCUCGAAGAUACUGGAUAUCGCAUAGUAACCCUUGGCGAAUGCCUUGGUGAUCCCCCGGCGAAUUGGUAUCGUUGGACCGCACGGCCAGACGAACAGGGUCCUGGUCGAAAACCACCCGGAGGCGGUAAAAAAUACAAACCGGUGAAGCCAUCGUCGCCCGAUGGAACCUGUGGCACUAGUUUUACUUGCACUGGAUCCAACUUUGGCCGUUGCUGCAGUGCGUCUGGUUUCUGUGGUAACAGAGCACUUCACUGUGGAAAGGGAUGCCAAAAAAUUGGGGGAAUCUGCUCGGAGAGUUCAUUAGAUGAGGGUAACAAGAAAGACGGCAACGAGAAAGGUCGACUAGACAAAGAAGAUUCCAGGCAUAAUGCCAGCCAUGCUGAAAUGAAUGAGAGUGGCCAGAAGGUCGAGGAUAACGAAUUAGAGAAAGGUGAGGAUAAGAAGGCUAAGAACGGGGACGAGGAGAAAGCCGGGGGUGGCAAGACACCAGAAAAUGAUGAGGUUCAGAAAAUUGAGGCUGAAGGGAAUGCUGAAAAUGAAAACCACCAUGAAGAGGAAGUUUAA